CACGCGUCAUGGCUUAUCCAUUCCCAUCCUCCACCGCUGGGCCGACGGGCAAGAAGGCGAUGGAGCUCUGGGAGCCUCCGGAGGGGCCUUCUCGUCGGCGAAACGAGGCCGAGGGGGCGGGCGGAGGCCAAAGCGGGGCGGCACGGGUGGGCAGGGGCGAUGCGGACGGUCGGGACCGCGCGAGCGCGCGGAGGUGGAGAGGGCCAGGCGUGGUGACGCGGAGAGCCAGGCCGAAGCGGGGCGGCGCGGGAGGCCAACGGGUGGGGGCGGUGCGGACGACCGGGACCGCGCGGGGCGUAGUGUCGCUGGGGCGGCCGGAGCGGCGAAGUCCACGGCGCGCACCACACGCCACCGUCAGCUGCUCGCUACCGGCUGCGUUCGGGCCGAUGCUGCGCUCACGGGAGGAAGGCGCGGCUGGCUGCGGGCUGGCGCUGCGCUCGCAGGAGGCAGGCGCGUCUGCCGCCACCGGCGUUCGCCGGCCGUGAACCAUCGCUAGACCAUGUCUGUGCCUUUGACGAGCACCAACGGCUCGUUUUCGGGCCUUCUCCCCAUGGACGAGCAGGACAACGAGUCCGGCCCCAUCAGCGGUUGCUGCUGAAUUACAACAACCACGGUGGUUGUUGUAUGUCCCAAUGUCAAAGAAACUACGAUGGCGGAUGGUUCCGGAAGGCAGGCCGUGGCCGGUGCCGUGGAGCUCGCCCCUCUUCAUUAUAGCAAGCCACAUCGGUAGAUAUAUGCUGCAAGUUGUCCAGAGAAUCAACAUGGUUGAGGCUAGAAGAUCGGUGGCUGCAUUUACAAAUAAGAAAUACACAAACCUUAGAUUCUUGAUUUGAGUCAUAACAAAAGGAGGAUGAGGCUAGAAGAAUCAAUAGAAGAUCGGUGGCUGCAUUUGCAAAUAAGAAAUAAGAAUCAAGCAGCAGCCAGGAACUGAAGAAAGAUCAUAGCAGGUCGGAGUAACGUAUUAGCCUAUUGUGCAAAAAAAAGUUGAUCACUUAUGAAUGUAUAUUUAUAUACACCUAAAAAAUUCUUCCGUUGCAACGCACGGACAUUUUUGCUAUAAAGAUUAAUAGGAUGGAAAGAGCCCGUAUUUGCCCGUACGUCUAGCAUUUUUGGUAAAGGAGACUGGGAGAGAUUGAUCAAUAUACUUGCACCAGUUUGGAUUAA